AUGCCGAGAGCGGAAGCAGGUUCAACUAAAGAUCUUAACAACCGGCUGAAGUCCAAGGGCCUACAACGCCUGAGAUGGCACUGUCAAGUAUGCGAGCGGCAAAUGCGCGACGAGAAUGGCUUCAAGAUGCACGUACAGUCUGAAUCGCAUGUCAGACGUAUGCUAUUAGUCGGCGAGGACCCACGCAAAUUCAUCAACGACUACAGCAAUCAAUUCCAGCGCGAUUUCCUACAACUUUUACGUACCAGUCACGGCGAGAAGAAGAUACACCUAAAUCAUUUCUACCAGGAAUACAUCAGUAAUAAGGAGCAUAUACACAUGAAUGCGACCAAAUGGCCGAGUCUGACGGAAUUUGCAAAAUUCCUUGGUCGCGAAGGUAUCUGUAGGGUCGAGGAGGAAGAGAGAGGAUUGUUCGUCAGCUGGAUCGACAAUUCCCCCGAAGCGCUUCGAAGACAAGAUGCGAUCAGGAAAAAGGAGAGACAGGAUAAAGGGGACGAGGAAAGAGAGCAGAUGUUGAUUCGGCAACAAGUUGCAAGAGCCAAGGCGGAAGCGGGGGAAAGAGAAGAUGAUCUCAGUGAUGGGGAGAGAGAAUUGAAGAGAGAGGGAGAUGAGAAGAUAAAAUUGAGCUUUGGUGCGAAGCCUGCUGCGACGAAGGCGGAACCUCUACCCGUGGAGACAGCAACAUCAGUUUCUGCUAUUCCGACAAAUGAUAUCGAGGAAUCACCAAGCGUGGAGAAGUCAUCAGAAGCAGUAGAAAAGCCAGCUACCGAGACGGCUGCACCAGCAAAGGUCACGAUGAAAAUGGGCUUCUCCAGCAAACCCAAGAACGUAUUUUCUGCCGCAAAGAAGAACGCUCUUGGGGGAAAGAAAGCUGCAGCCAUCGAGCAACCAAAGAAGAUGAGCGAGGCAGAACGAAUCAUGAAAGAAGAAAUGGCUAAAAAGCGAGGACCCUCAGGAUUCGGCGGGCCAGUCCAAAAGAAGCAACGAUUUUAA